GCGCCGCCGCCGCCGCCGCGCCAGCGAUGCACUACCUGGACGAGGCGGAGCUGGCGGCGUCGCUGCGGCGGCUGGCCGACGAGGAGGCCCCGCGCGGCUUGGCGCGGCUCUUCUCCAUCGGCCGCUCGGCGGAAGGCCGCGAGCUGUGGGUCCUGCGCCUCAGCGCCGGCUUGCCGGAGCCCGGCGCCGACCCCGCCGGGCCGCCCAUCCCGGGCCGGCCGCAGGUCAAGCUGGUGGCCAACAUGCACGGUGACGAGACGCUGGGCCGGGCCCUGCUGGUGCGCUUGGCCCGGCACCUGGUCGCCGGCUGGCUGCGCGGGGAGGCGCGGGCGCGACGCCUCCUCAACGCCACCGACCUCUACCUCAUGCCCACCCUCAACCCGGACGGCUUCGCCCGCGCCGUGGAGGGGGACUGCGCGCCCGCCCGCGGCAGGGAGAACGCCCGCGGCAAGGACCUGAACCGCAGCUUCCCCGACCAGUUCGGGGCCGCCCAGCCGGACCUGGCGGCCGUGCCCGAAGUGCGCGCGCUCAUGGAGUGGAUGCGGCGCAACCGGUUUGUGCUCUCGGGGAACCUACAUGGUGGCUCUGUUGUGGCCAGCUAUCCAUUUGACGACUCUGCUACGCAUGAGAGCUCUGGAGUGUACAGCAAAUCUGCUGAUGAUGAGGUUUUCAAGUAUUUGGCAAAGGCCUAUGCCUCAAACCAUCCAAUAAUGAAAACCGGCACUCCGAACUGCCCGGGUGAAGAAGAAGAAACUUUCACAGAUGGCAUCACCAACGGUGCUCAGUGGUACGACGUGCCAGGUGGCAUGCAGGACUAUAACUAUGUCUGGGCCAACUGCUUUGAGGUCACCUUUGAGCUUUCGUGCUGCAAAUACCCUCCAGCUUCCCAGCUCGAGCAGGAAUGGGAGAAUAACCGGGAAUCUCUUCUCACCUUCAUUGAAAAAGUCCACAUGGGGGUGAAAGGAUUUGUGCGGGAUUCGGUCACUGGGGCUGGCUUGGAGAACACGACCAUCGCUGUGGCUGGCAUCUCUCACAACGUCACAACCGGCCAGUUUGGCGACUAUCACAGGCUGUUGGUGCCGGGCACCUACAACAUCACAGCCGCCGUCAUGGGCUACCUGCCAGUCACCAUAGAGAACGUUGACGUGAAAGAGGGGAACGCCACCGUAGUGGACUUCUCCUUACAACCAACGAUAACAGUGCCAGCCUCCGACCCCACUCAGGACACGCCGGUAGCUGUCACAGACCCUGUCACCAAUGCUACGAAUAUGACCACUGCCGACGUAGCGAUCCCUGCCCACCCGGUGAUCCAGCCGGAGGAUUUCCGCCAUCACCACUUCCCCGACAUGGGGAUCUUCCUGAGGAAAUACGCCACCGAAUACCCAAACAUCACUCGCCUCUACUCGGUGGGCAAGUCGGUGGAGCAGAGAGAGCUGUACGCGAUGGAGAUAUCAGAUAAUCCAAGCAUCCACGAAGCAGGUGAGCCGGAGUUCAAGUACAUCGGGAACAUGCACGGCAACGAAGUGGUGGGCAGGGAGCUGCUCCUGAACCUCAUCGAGUACCUCUGCAAGAACUACGGCACCGAUCCUGAAGUAACCGACUUGGUCCAGAAGACGCGGAUUCACAUCAUGCCAUCCAUGAACCCCGAUGGCUAUGAAAAAUCCCAAGAAGGAGACGCAUUGGGGACUGUUGGCAGGAACAACAGCAACAACUAUGACUUGAAUCGGAACUUCCCCGAUCAAUUCUUCCAAAUCACCGACCCGCUGCAGCCAGAGACGAUCGCUGUCAUGAACUGGCUGAAGAACUACCCCUUUGUACUGUCUGCCAACUUGCACGGAGGCUCUUUAGUGGUGAACUACCCCUACGACGAUAACCGGCAAGGAAUUGCCAAGUACAGUCGAUCCCCUGAUGACAGUGUCUUCCAACAACUUUCUCUUUCCUACGCCAAGGAGAACACGCUGAUGUUCCGAGGCCACCCAUGUGAAGACAUGUAUCCUGAGGAGAAAUUCUCCCAUGGCAUCACUAAUGGCGCAAGAUGGUAUAACGUCCCAGGUGGCAUGCAGGACUGGAAUUACUUAAACACAAAUUGCUUUGAAGUGACCAUCGAGCUGGGCUGUGUCAAAUACCCGAAGGCUGAGGAGUUGCCCAAGUAUUGGGAGCAGAACCGCAGGUCUCUGUUGCAGUUCAUCAAACAGGUUCACCGAGGAAUCAAAGGCUUUGUGUUGGAUGCCAAAGAUGGACGGGGCAUCUUAAACGCGACAAUUGGUAUCGCCAGCGUGGAUCAUCCCGUCUCCACCUACAAGAGCGGCGACUAUUGGCGCCUGCUGAUCCCAGGCAUGUACAAAGUUACAGCAUCUGCUCGAGGGUAUAUUUCAGAAACAAAGAUGGUGGAAGUUGGAGAUAAAUUCGCCACGCAGGUCAACUUUACUUUGACUCGGAAAGACGCCAAAGUGGAAGAGGGGACAGUCCCAGAUGUCAAUAUGACUGACAUGGAUGGCCCCGUCACCAAGGACUUUGAAACCCUGAUCAAAGACCUUUCCGCUGAGAACGGCUUGGAACGCCUCCUGCUGACUUCCUGGGCGGACGUCCAGCCGUCCCGUUACCGACCCUACAAUGACCUGUCUAUGUUCCUCAGAGGCUUGAACUUGAAUUAUCCGCAGAUCACAAACCUGUCCAGCUUGGGGCAAAGUCGCGAGUUCCGCCACAUCUGGUCUCUGGAAAUCUCCAACAAGCCCAACAAAUCUGAGCCGGAGGAGCCAAAGAUCCGCUUCGUUGCUGGCAUUCACGGCAACGCUCCGGUCGGCACUGAACUGCUCUUGGCCCUAGCGGAGUUUCUCUGCAUGAACUACAAGAAGAACCCGGCUAUCACAAAGCUGAUUGACAAAACGAGGAUUGUGCUCGUGCCGUCCCUGAACCCAGACGGGCGCGAGAUCGCUCAGGAGGGCGACUGCACCUCGAAGAUCGGCCUCUCCAACGCCAACGGCAAAGAUCUGGACACGGAUUUCACAAGCAAUUCCUCCGGGGCAAGAGAACCGGAAACCAAGGCCAUCAUGGAAAACCUGAUACAGAAGCAAGACUUCACCCUCUCCGUGGCUUUGGACGGAGGGUCCCUGCUUGCUACUUACCCCUAUGACAAGCCCGUGCAAACAGUGGAGAAUAAAGAAACGCUGAGGCACUUGGCAUCUCUGUAUGCCAAUAAUCAUCCCACAAUGCACCUGGGGCAGCCUAAUUGUCCAAACAAGUCAGAUGAAAACAUUCCUGGAGGUGUGUUGCUCGGAGCAGAAUGGCACAGCCACCUGGGCAGCAUGAAGGAUUUCAGCGUUAUGUACGGCCACUGCCCAGAGAUCACGGUUUACACGGGGUGCUGUUACUUCCCCAGCGCGGGACAGCUCCAUACGCUGUGGCUGGAGAAUAAGAAAUCUCUUCUCAGCAUGCUAGUGGAGGUUCAUAAGGGCGUCUACGGGUUUGUCCGGGACAGGCACGGCCGGCCGGUGUCGAAAGCUCAAAUCGUGCUCAACGAAGGGGUGAGAGUCUGCACCAAAGAAGGCGGCUAUUUCCACGUGCUGCUGGCUCCAGGCUACCACAAGAUCCACGCUAUAGCUGAAGGCUAUCAGCAGCAGCACGUCCAGGUCCUAGUUCGCGACGAGAUGGCUAGCUUUCUGCAUAUCCAGUUUGACGUGGACAACAAGAUAUUUGGUCUCCCGAGGGAGUUGGUGGUUACUGUAGCAGGUGCCACCAUGUCGGCCCUCGUCCUCAUGGCCUGCAUCACCUGGUGCGUCUGCUCCAUCAAGUCCAACCGGCACAAGGACGGCUUCCACCGCCUGCGGCAGAACCACGACGACUACGAGGACGAGAUCCGCAUGCUGUCCACGGGCUCCAAGAAGUCCCUCCUGAGCCACGAGUUCCAGGACGAGACGGACACGGAGGAGGAGACGCUGUACUCCAGCAAGCACUGACCCACCCAGUGGGAGGGGGAGGCUCCCUGUGGAAAGGCGGACCCUGCGAGAUGGAGCGCUUUUCUCAAGCGGCGGGCCUGGGACGCGGGGCGCGCCGGCCCUCUCGCUCCCGACCCAUCUCUGAUAAUGCAUAAGGCGGCCCUGCCUUCUCCUGCUGCCGGCUGCUCUCCUAGUCCCGCCUUGAGCCGGAAAGCCCUCUGGAGCUGGUCUUGGCCGCGGGGCUGCUUGCGAGCCGUUCUGGCGAACUGCACCUUGGCAAUGUUUCCUCGCCCCUUUCUGACACUGUUCAAAUUCCUGCCAUUAUCGGGGGGGGGGGGCGCACGGGGGCGGAAUACACCAUAGCUGCCAAGGUUUCGCCUAAGGUAAAGCUGCUUCUGCAGCAUACGGACGGUUUUGGAAACUCUUUCCUCUUCUGCCUGGGGCAGCUUCACCGGCUGGUUGCCAGGAGUGUUUGGAAAUUAUCGUCUUCCUCCCUAUGUGGAGGAAUUAAACUCCCCCCCCUCCUUCUGCUUAAGGAUGACUUCAGGUUAGGGAAUUCUGGCAGAAGUUGGCUUCACUGUUACCUGUGUGAUAAAAACCACAAGGCAGGAGUGUUGUGUUGAGAUGUGAGAAUCUCUCUCUCUCUCGUUCUUUCUUUCUCUCUCUCUUUCUCCAGUCAAGGCUGUGGUUUUUGGAAAAAGAAAUAAAACGUUUUGUCUCGUUGAAUUCUCUCGCACCGAACCUGCUUCAGAAUCCCCUCUGUUUCUCUUUGAGAACGUAGAAUAGCAAGAGAUGGCCUUCUGUGCUGAAACAAAAAAAAGAAUAACUUCUGAUCAGCCUCGUGCUGGCUGGGUGCUGAAUUUCCAGCGUGGUGCCAAAAAGUCUUUUUGCAAUUCGUUUUUUGGGAUUGAGCAACCCUCUGUGUGGUCUGUUGGCUUGCCUGACUGCGCGGCUGUUGUCUAGAAAAAUUCUUCAGCUAUUUCCUCCUAUGAAAGCAAAUGUACCGCUUUGAAAGUUCACCACGCCAGUCUUGACCCAUCCUUCCUUUCCAGUAUCGAGUCUUGUUACUACUAGUCCGACACCAGUUUCUGCUCUUUUGCCGAGGCCGGAUUUUUGAGUGGAAUUUUGCUUUCCCUCAAAGUCUCUCCUUUAGAACAACAUCCAAACCGUGGCAUGCAGUGGUCACUUUGCCUCCCGAGAUGUGCGGCAGUCUCGCCCUGGGGUCUCCAAAGUUAUGCCCGAGCGAACCAAUGUGCCUGCAGACAUUCUCUUCACCGCCCGCCAGACUCCCUGCCACUCCUGUUUUUUAUUUUACAUCUUAAGAUUGUUUAAAACAUUACUUUUUAAAAAAUAAAACGGGUGGCUGGCUUGCUGCAAAGCGAUGUGUUGCCAUCUCGACGGGUUCGAAAGAGUGUUUUUGUAUCUUGGAGCUCAGGACCUCCGCCUUUUACUUUGGUUUUUGGACAAUAUUUGUCUCAUCAGUUCGCGUUCUGGGAAAUGAGCGUGUCAUGCUGGCCGUGCCCGCCACGGCUGUCAUUUUAUGAAUGAACAAGCCCUGCCUUGCCCUUGGAAGCCAUUUUGUGAGAGUGCCCUCCUCAAAAUCCCAAACAUGCCCCCCCACCCUGAAAGCUGAGGGAAGCCCUCUAGCCCUUUUUUCCUCUCCAAGCACCUCGGUUUGACAUUUUUAAAUAGGGUUGUGUGAGAAGCAUCGCUGAUACUUGAGCACUGUUGUAGCCUGUCUUAAAGAUCGCCUCCCUUAGUGUUCAUUUUGUGUGUGUAUUUUCUAUGGUUUUUGGUUUUUUAAAAAUGCCAUUUUCUAAGCCAUGGUAGUUUUAUUUAGAGAGGACGUUGGGGAUGAAGACAAAGUUGGGGGGAAUACUUGUUAAAGGUCAAACAAGGAAGCUGAUGAAUUGCAAACAAGGAUGAUGAAUUGCGAACUCUCAUCACCCUGGGGGAGGAAAGGGAUUGUGCUAACUUCUGCAGUGCAGCUGGGCUGUGUGUUGAUUUCUGCCCAUCCUCCUGAGAUGGGUUUGGGUCUUGGGUUCUCCUUGCGUGGGAUUGGUCCUGCAAAGGAGUGGGGCAAACAGGCCUGGCUUGGGCACCGAAAGAAAGGUUAUGAACUCUGGCGAACAGGAGUUCCAUUUGGCUAGCUCCCUUCCUGCUCCCGGCUUUGCGAUAGCUUUACCUCCACCCACAAAAGGCUUGGUUAGCUGUCAGAAAUAAGUGCCGGUGAUCCUUCCGGGGUUCUCUUUAGUGCUGUAAGGCGUAACCCUCUUGAAGCCCACCUCUUCCUCUUAAAAUGCGCCACGAGUGAGAACUCAAGAGAUAUGCUUUGAUAGCUUUAUCCCAUGGCUCAGUUUUCCUAACAAAAGUUUUCCUGACACCUGAGCCUCCCUUCCAAAAUGUUGUAAAGCUCCCUUAAAAACACCACCACAGACUUGGUAAUAAGGGGUAGCUGGAUUCUGGACUCCAUUCCAAGCAAAUCCGUUGAGCAGAUGGGCCCUUUUUUAUUUGUCAGGAUGCAGCUAGAAAGAUAGAUCAGGCUGCAAUCCUGAACACACAUCAGAAGGGAGCAUAAGAGCGGAGCUUGCUUCUGAAAUCAGUGCGGGAGGCUUUUUUAAAUCGACCCUCUGGCUCAGCCGUCCCUGAACUGGAGCCUCCCAGUUGGGCCGCAGCAAGGGUGGGCGCAACAGAGGCUGUCUGUGGCCCCCUAAAUUUGGAGGGAGAGGGGAUUUUAAAAAGCAUUCCUAGUGGUUGCAGCGUGCCGAAGGUGCCAUUGUGGCUGCUACGGAUGCCAUUUAAAUUAUUGCUACAAAAACCAAUGCCCACAAGAAAUCUGGGGGCAAAAAUAGCCCCUGGACCUCCCACGGUUGCCCACAGGGGGAUGGGAGUUGUAGUCCAUCACCUUGAGUGCUCCAAGUUAGAGAAGGCUACUCUUACUGUGUUCUUUAGCUUGGGCAUCUUCUGGCCUCUCCCAUCCCCUAGGACAGCUUUUCCCUGCCUGAUGCUUCCAGAUGUCUUGGUCAUUGGCCAUAGUGGCUAGGGCUGACGAGCAUUGAAGUCCAAAAUAUCUGGAGGGCACCCUGUUGGGGAAAACUGAGCUCAGAGUUAAGCAGGAGGAAACCAAUUGCUUGUGUCUACAAACAUCUCAUCAGGGUUAGGUAACCCUGGUACCUUCUUCACGUUGUGGCCUACAAUUCCUAUAACCCCUGAGGGGAGGGCAGGCUUAUGGGAGUUACCCAAAACAUCUAGAGCUGCCAGGUUGCCUCCCCAUGUCUUAAGUUAUGCCCAUUGAUACGCUCCAACAGACUGUCAUAAAGGCUUUGCAACCCAUUCCGAAUCAUAUUCCGACUUAAUUUAGCUUUGGCUUCCCUCUUUUCUUUUUUAAAGAAGUAUGUGCUACAAAGGCUUUGUUUUUUAAAACAAAAAGUUGUAGAAUACUGAUUCCAAAUGUCUGCCAAGCACAUCUGGGGCCUUGGGCUGGUCCUGCAUAAUGCAUAUCGAGAUUUCUGAUUCCCACCCACCCCGCUCCUCCGCUGUCCAAAAGGCGGCUUAAAAAUCCAUUAAAUAAACUAAAUAGGUCAGUAAUAAGCGGUGCUGGAGGACUGUGCUUGCCCUCUAGCCGUCUUUCAGAUCUUGUUCGAAACCUAGCUAAGAACUACAGCGUGGAGGCGAGCAGCGAGCUGUAUCCUCCUGGUAGCAAUUAUGCAAUUUUUUAAAAAAUUAUCGGAACCACUGCUCCUGCUCUUUAUGCCUUUGGGACCCGGUGUUUGCUUCUCUAGCUCUACUGCAAACUCCCCUUAUCCAGUGUCCCUUAGAUGUGUUGGACUAUGACGACCAGCAAGCUGGGAGUUGUGCCUUCCAGAUCCGUUGGGGCGCAAGUUUGGGGGAGGCUGCACUAGAGAGCAAUUUACAGCUGCCCAUGUGCGCUUGUCACUGUCCUUUGGUCCAUGCACUGUGUGCCUUCAAAAAACCCAAACGAGGGGCUGGCGUGACUUGGGAAUGCAAAUGGAUCGGGGCCGUUAGCGACUCGAUAACCUUUCCGCAACCAGCCGAGUCUUCUGUUCGUGUUUUCGGGUUUGUUUGUUUUUUAAAACGUGUACACUGAGCUCUAAUCUGUAUAAAACUAUUUUAUGACGUCU